UCUCAGGACACAUCGUCCCGCAUUGCAACACUUCUUUUCCAUCUCGAUUUUUGCUUCCUUUCACCCUAGCGUCGCUUUGAUGACUGUUCUCUGGCACCGUUAGGUCGCCAGAUAUUUCCAUCGCCCUUUUUCGGUCAUUUAAACAACUUCGUUGUUGCCGCGCGUCUUCGAAUUGCGCAACGGCGCAAUCAUGGCUCCCGGCUGGCUAUCCACAGCCUGCUGGAGGCACCUGCCUGUCAUUGUCGCCGCCCUCACUCUCCCAUGGACGCCGACAGUAGCUGCCGCCGAUAAGGCGGCCGGCGACUACUUCGUCCACUCGCUUCCCGGCGCACCCGAGGGACCUCUAGUGAAGAUGCAUGCUGGGCACAUCGAAAUCAACCCCGAAACCAAUGGCAACCUAUUCUUUUGGCAUUUCCAGAACAAGCACAUUGCGAACAAGCAGCGGACCGUAAUCUGGCUGAACGGCGGGCCGGGAUGCAGUUCCGAGGACGGCGCAUUGAUGGAGAUCGGCCCCUACCGACUGAAGGACGACAAGACGCUGGUCUACAACGACGGUGCUUGGAACGAGUUUGCGAACGUGCUGUUCGUCGACAAUCCGGUUGGCACCGGCUAUAGCUAUGUCGAUACCGACUCCUAUGUGCGCGAACUCGACGAGAUGGCCGAACAAUUUGUGAUCUUCAUGGAGAAGUGGUAUGCUCUGUUCCCAGAGUAUGAACACGAUGAUCUCUACUUCGCCGGAGAGUCGUACGCUGGCCAGUAUAUUCCCUACAUCGCAAAACACAUCCUCGCCCGGAACAAGCUGCCCGGCACAAAUCACAAGUGGAAUCUGAAGGGCUUGCUCAUUGGCAACGGUUGGAUAUCGCCGCCCGAGCAGUACGAGGCGUACCUCCAGUUCGCCUUCGAGAAGGGCUUGGUGCAAAAGGGGAGCGACAUCGCCAACAAGCUCGAGGUCCAGCUUCGCAUUUGCCAAAAAGAGCUCGCCGUCGGAGAGAGCGCCGUCGACCAGGCGGAAUGCGAGAAGAUCCUCCAAGAAAUCCUGAAACUCACGGCUACGCGCGGCAAGGACAACAAGCUCGAGUGCUACAACAUGUAUGACGUGCGCCUGAAGGACGUCUACCCAUCCUGCGGCAUGAACUGGCCAGCCGACCUGACCCACGUCACUCCGUACCUCCGCCGUCAUGACGUGGUCCAAGCCCUCCACGUCAACGCCAACAAGGUCACCGGCUGGACCGAAUGCGACGGCCAAGUAGGCCAUAAGUUCAACCCCGUCAAUGCCAAGCCCUCGAUCGAUCUCCUCCCGGACAUCCUCAGCGAGAUUCCCAUCAUGCUCUUCUCGGGCGCCGAAGACCUCAUCUGCAACCACAUGGGUACCGAAGCCCUGAUUAGCCGCAUGGCCUGGAACGGCGGCCGCGGCUUCGAGGUCUCCCCGGGCAACUGGGCGCCCCGCCGCGACUGGACCUUUGAGGGCGAGGACGCCGGCUUCUGGCAGGAGGCCCGCAACCUCACGUACGUCGUCUUCUACAACGCCUCCCACAUGGUACCCUUCGACUACCCGCGCCGCACUCGCGACAUGCUCGACCGCUUCAUGGGCGUUGACAUCAGCUCUAUCAGCGGCGACCCCACCGAUUCCCGCCUCGAUGGCGAGAAGGGGCCUGAGACUACCGUCGGUGGCACCGCCGGCAACGGCACCGCCGAUCAGGACGCCGAGAAGGCCAAGCUGAGCGCCGCCAAGUGGGAGGCCUACCGCCGCUCGGGCGAGAUCGUGCUGGUCAUCGUCGCCGUCGCCGCCGCCGCCUGGGGUUACUUUGUCUGGCGCGAGCGCCGCAAGAGGCGUGGGUACCAGGGCCUGGCGGGCGCCGAGAACGGGUCUGCCGCGGGCAGGAUGGGUGGGAAUUCCAGCUCGUCCGAGAGGCUGGGCUUCCGCAACCCCCGCGGCGCGAGGGGUCGGGGGGACGUCGAGGCCGGUGACUUUGACGAGACGCAGUUGGAUUCGCUGCAUGUGCGCUCGCCUGCUGAGGGGCAGGAAGAUACGCGGUACAGCCUUGGGGAUGUGAGUGACGAUGAGGAGGAGGAGGAGGAGGAUAAGAACGCAGGAGGCGCGAAGGGGAAUGAGAAGGGAACUGAGAAGGCAGCUGGGGCUUCAUGAUCUGUUAAAACAGUUGGGUGAGGAGGUGUGGAAGAUAAGGUGUUUCAUCUCGUACAUAGGACAUUCAUGGGCGGCGCGUUGUAGAUCGAUGGGUUGGGCCAUGGCGUAAAUGGGAAUGGAAUGCUUCAAUAUCUGCGUGUUAGUCACUGUUGGGAAAACCACCUUGGGCAACGCAUCCCAAUGGCUAUUCCGUGAGUCACAUCAAGUGGUCCAUUAACCGGGUUAAACCAUUGUGGUUGUAUGUAGUUCA